AGAAUAUAGGAGCAAGUAUAGUGAGAGUAAAGACAGCACAGAGAGAGUACACAGGACGGGGAGUGUUCAUUGAGAGUUUAGAGAAGUUUGGGAGAAAGUGUGCUGAGACUUUGCGAGCAGAAACGCAAAAGAAGGUGGGGAAACUUGUGCAGACAAAGAGUAUUCAGCCUGCAGAGACACACAAACUUCCCAACAUCUGGUGUGCUGGAGGACGGGGCGAGCCGGAGAGAGAGAAACUUUGGAGGCGGAGAGAAAACUAUCUUCGUUGGAGAAAAAUGCUUUGAAUUGAGAGUUUGGGGCAACUUCAUGAACUGGAAAGAGAAUUUGUGUUAUUCCAUAGUUAAAAGAGAAGGGAAAAAGAGGACGGGAAAGGUACCGGAGGGCGACAAGUCCACCUGGAGAGGACAGAGAAUGAAUUAGCCAAAGGUUUGGCUGUACCGAGUCCCAGCCAGACAGAAGGCUCACUCCUUGACCCCUCCACCUCCUCCCAUAAGAGCCAGGCCUACGCCCAUGGAUGAGAGGAGUGCCCCUGCCAUCUCCCCUGAGCCACCUGAUGAUGGGGUCUCCAGCGUACCUGCUCCUCCACCAAAUUCACACACGACCUCAACCACAGAGAGUGCAAAUGGCUGCCCUAAUCCGAUCCCCUUUUCUAGUUCAGAUGUGACCCACACUUACACAGAGCCCCUCAUAUUGAGGUUAAAUGGUACCCAGGAAAGAACGCGAGGAGAUCACGGAGAUAAAUGUAACGGCGUCCUGUCCCACUCAGAGCUCACAACACCAAGCAAGAGUAUCACAUCUCAACCAGUAGCCAAAUCCACGCCCAUCAACCACACCCAGCCAUGUCGGACGCAGCCCAGCAGCCAAAUGCGCAACGGAGCCAAACACCAUGGACACCCACACUCCAAUCACACACACUGCCCGCAUCACAUGCACACACCUCACACACAUGCCUUCCAGUCCAACGGGAUCAGGAACGGUGGCCCUCAUCCCAAGCUGGGCUCCAUCCCUAAAAAUGGAUCAUCCACCUCCUCAUCCUCGUCGGCAGGACCCAAACACACCAAGAAACUGCAGUCCAACCCAUCGAUCACCUCCCAGAGCAGCAAGAGGAGCAAAAGCAGCUCCAAGAGCAAUAGCUCGCAGAUCCCCACAGAGGCGCAGGAUGACUGCUGUGUUCACUGUAUUCUGGCCUGCCUCUUCUGUGAGUUCCUGACUCUGUGCAACAUCGUGCUGGACUGCGCCACCUGCGGCUCCUGUGCAGGGGACGACUCGUGUUUCUGCUGCUGCUGUGUGUCAGAGGAGUGUGGGGACUGUGACCUGCCCUGUGACAUGGACUGUGGCAUCAUUGACGCCUGCUGUGAGUCUGCAGACUGUCUGGAGAUCUGCAUGGAGUGCUGCAGUCUUUGCUUCUCUUCCUGAGGCCCUUAUCUGCCACCAUAGGGGGCAAAUACAUGUCCAAAACACACUCCCAUAAGCCCAGGAACUACUUCGACCAGAGCCGAGAGGCUCUACACCCAGUCUUUGUUGCCUGGACUCUGUGGUUUACUCUGUAUUGGCUGGCCUAGUUGGCUCCACAUUAUGUCUAAUGUUUCUUACAGGGUUUGCCAAGCCAGAGAUGUGCUCAUGCUGAAAGCAGUCACUGCUGAAAUCUCCCUCCAUUAUUGAUCAAACCAUGGGACAGGAGCCUCCCCUGCCUCUUAUUUGCUGUUGGUCCAUUGCUACACAGCUGGGUGUGCUGUGCAGAGUGAGUUCCAGCUGUGGUCCGUGAGCGUCUGCCAGGCUGUGCAGACCCAGGUCUCUGGACCCUCACAGAACGAGCUAUUAUCACAAUGGAGCCCCUUGUGCCGAAUGAAUGACUGGAGUUCUCCAAGCAUGAAAAAUGACCUCCAAAGGCAAAUGAGAAAAUGGCUCCAUUUAACUGGAUUUUAGUGUUUCUGUAGAUAAGAGCAGCCGCAUAAUGGGAAAAUGGAUGCUCAGAUCUCAGUAGAAAUGUAGUCUGUCCUCCUGUCCUUGGCAAGGUUAAAGUCUUCCAGUUUGAUUGCGUUAAAGGGGCCUUAGUGACACACACACUCACUUUGCGGAGGAGUCCACUACUGUCUUUGCUCUUUAUGCAGUGUACAAGAUAGAGAAACAUAAACGGUGGCUUGUGGCAAUAUUAGACAAAAGUUUCUUUUGUUAAUAAGCAUCUCACUUAAUGGAUUUAUUGAGAGAAGAAGCCGAGGUAGAUGGUUCCAGUAGAAGGAGAAAGUGAUGGACAUCACAGAGCGUUUGGUUGAUAACAUCCAUGAUAGACACUUUGUCCACUGUAAAGUGUGAAGGGAGAAAGAUCUCAAUCUAAAGUCUCCCUUCACGUUCACAUCCUGUCUGCUUUUUGUUUUGAGGAGCUUUGGCUGCUUUAAAUGAUUUCCUCUCAGCUGAAUGAUCAGAGCUGGUAAAGGGCUGGUAGAGGAUUGGAAGGCAUCUCUUUUUAAAUACAUUUCACUUUCCUUUUGUCCUUCUUGCUAUGUGAACAAACGGCCUUGGCUUAGCUGAAGGCCUGAAAUUUCAAGUACAUUCCUUGCCUUUACCAAGUCUCUAUUAAUCCGUGUUUUGUAGAUUUUAGUUAAGAUAUUUGCAUUUCUCCUCCAAUGUGAAAAUCACAUUUCUGUGUUAUCAGGUUUUGCUGGGCUCUCUGUAAAGCAGCCGUCGCACUACAUCUAAUUUAAUUCCUUGAGUGAGAAUCUCUCGACAUUAUGCUAAGUUAGAUCCAUGUGCUCGUAGUAUAAAUGGUACGCUUUUGAUAACAACCCCGUAUUCUCAUUCGCUUAGAUUCCUACCCUCUGCAACCCAAUGCCUCUUCAGAUGUCUCCUAGAUCUGUUGUGCAUUUUUUAACAACCUGAUACAAAUUCCUCUCUGCUCUGAUCAAAUACUGUUUGUGCAAUCCUAUUUUUUUCUCUGUAAUACCAAAGAUUUUCUCUUACUGGACCUUGGUUUCUCCACUUAAAAUUGUACAUUGAAGGGUUUGUACUUUGCUAAUAUGGCUGUGGUUUAUUAAUCCCCUAUUUUAAGGGUCGUAAUAUAACACUGUUGAUACAGAGUACGCUUCAAGGCUGCAAUUCAACCUUUUAACACCAAAGAAGAAAAUGAAAGUUUUUAGAAAAAGCAAAUAAUGCAACUUGAGAUAUUUUAAACCUUUGUAUGUGGAUGUCAAAGACAUGUUUUAAACUAGACUGGGAAAAAAUCCUGGAGAGCCCUGGAGAACAUUGCAGAUCUUUAAAGUGCAGACAGUUCUUUGAAUGGAGAACUGCUAUAUUUAUGUUAUGUAUAGGUUUGAUGAAAAUUGCUCCUUUUGUUUAAAAACAUUAAACAAGCACAAAAUUGGUUGCUUUUUCUAAGGAUGUGUUCUCCUUCUCCAGAUAGAAAGGAUCAGUGUGUAUUCAGAUAAUAACAGUUCAGAAAGAAUAAGACCAAUACAAACAUGUUUAAAAUCUUUUUCUACUUUUGACAGCCUUUGCCAGCUUCGAGUUAAAAUGUUCUUAUUUUAAGGUUUUUGUUUGCACAAAAUGUUCAAGACAAAAACAGAUGUAAUAUUAGUAAGGCUACAAAAAAGCAACAAAAAAGGUUACUUUUUAUAUAAAAAAGAGGAAACCUGACACUCUAAAUGUGAAAAAUGUUAAACGCUGUUUUGUCUGUUAUGUCUGCUAGCCCCGAUGAAAACCUACUGGGCCAAAAACAUGUUGGCUUUUUAAAUGAUUCGGUCAUUAUUAUAAAGGCUUUUAAAGUAUUUCCUUCCCACUUUUUUACAUUUUCAGUGUUUGAGAUGCCUGGUUUCCUCUUUUUAUGUUGGACAUUAUUUCCCCCUGUUCUCUAAGAGCACCCAGCCGGGUCUUUCAAAUCUCCCAGUUAAGUCAUAUUGAGCAGCCAGCCACCCCCCUUUGUUCCCGUGGUUGAUUUUUAUACUUUAACCAAAACAUCACCAUGAGCACAGCACUAGAAGUAUUUAGCCCCGUUACAGUGGCGACAAAAACGUUCCCUAUCAAAGGGCAGGAAUGUCAAGCAGACCAGACUCAUGUUGACAGCUCCCUGCUGAAGCUGUGCUGGGGUUGGAAGGUCUAGAAGGAGGGGUAGGGGUGGAAGAAAAUUAGGAAGGGGAGAGGGAUAAGAGAAACAACAAAUUAAAGACAUUUAUGGCAUGCGGGGCAGUAAACUAAUCUCCCAUUUUGUAGGAAAUUGCAGACCUUUGUCUCUCGAAACCGUCUGCUUUCCUUAGUGACAGGUAGUUCUUCUUAACAAUUAACUAUCAAGGGAUAGCUCACUAAAACUAGACAUGACUGGCAAAUGACAGUUUGCCAUCUCUUACAGCUGUGUAAUAUGUUUGAUUUCAACAAACACUGGAACAGUGACUUCCAUGUAUGCAGAGAUUCUGAUUUAAUGAAAAGAUGAGGUGGGUUCUUGUUUUUUUUAUCCGCGAAAGAUAGACCUUAAAAAGUUUGAAACCAAAACUAAAGAUAAUAGACUGAUCUAUGCCAGUGGUUCUUUGCAAGUAUAAAAUGUACAGAAACCCUAUCCUGACAUACAGCUGUGACAACAAAAGCAUUUAGCAAUCUCAAGCUAUAAAACAAGCUUGUUCCCUGUGAUAAUGUUUUAAUUUCUUUAGAAAAUUACCAAAAUGAGCAUGUUAUCAUGGUAAACUGAAUGAGCAGCAUGUUAGCCUACAUUUUUCUCUAAAUAAUUCUGAAUGAUAAAAAUAAUUAGGAUAUUUAGGUCUCAGUUUCUCAUGAAGGAGGUGGUGGUUGAUCCUGCGGCUAGACAAGCUGAGAACCUCUGAUCUAUACAGUUUGAUAUCAUGAGCCUAUCAUUUAUAGUAAUAUACAGAGUCAAGAAGCUAAUGUUAGCAUAGCUGCUCUCCUCUGUUGACAGUGGCACGACCACUCUGCCUAUCAGCUGUCUGUUUUAAAUAAACUCUUCCUUUUGAGAAAUGCUAAGACCAGCAGUAAUAUGAGUAAAUAUCAUCAUGUGUUUCCAUCUGGCUCAUUUUACUCCUAAAACAAUAGGUUUGCUGUUUUUUAACAAAACCUGAUUGACAUGUUGUUUCCUAUCAUUUAUGACUCUGCAGAACCACAACCAUGCUCCCUCCCAGUCAGGUUUUAGCUUUCUUACCACCUACUCCACUCAAGUCCCUCAAAACAAGAAUAAACCCAGUUUAUUAAAUGUGAAGCUCACGGGCAGACAGGCUUACCUGUGAGCUCAAACCUUUCUCUCCUUUGAGCUGAUUUUAUUUUCAAAUUCCUGUCUCCAGCACGGGUGUAACCGGAGAAAUAAAGUCAACAAAAACCUAAUCGGGGACAGAUAGGGGAAGCUUUGCUGCUCUCUGUUAAGCACUAGAAUAUAUAAACAUGUCCUGUGAGGUUAUGAAAAGGAGCUUCACCUGGGCUUUGGGAAGAGGUAGAAAGCUCUCCUGUUGGACUGUAGAGUGCAGCGUGAAGAAGCAGCAGAGAGUUUUAAAAUCAGUCAAUGAGAUAGCGAGAGUUUUUGUGCAACAUAAAUGAUGUGGAACAACAUUUUAAUAAGGGACUGGUUGAACCUCUCUUGAAUGAUUAAGGGAGCAUUUUUUAUCACUUGGUCACUAAAUUCUAUUUUAUGUUUGUGAAGAUGUGCUUUACAAGGCUGAAAACACUGAUCAUUCUGGAGAUGGAGAACACUGGCUGAAGGUACAAAAUCCUCUGAUCUUGCAGCCAAAAAUGUUUCUGAUUCUUGAGCUAAUUUGGAAUUUGAUGUUGUGUCUGUUAGGUCAUCUCAUUUCAGGAUAUUUCCUUCAAACUUUUACUGGAAUAAAACACUUGUUUACAUUCAGUGUUUCCUCUUCUCAGCAUUAUCAGUAUUUUUGUAAAAUAUUUGACCAAAGAAAGUUCUAACAAUUGAAUUUCCUGGAUUUAUUUUAUUAUUCUGAGAUGGAACUUGGAUAUUGUUAAAUAAAAUGAUUAUAUUAUUAAAGGGCUGGCCACCUCUACUUGUACUCUGAAAGUUAUUGUAGCCCAGCUGAAAUGUAGACUGUAGUCCACUAUAAUGUCAUGUUGUUUACACUAGCCCCUGUAUAAUGUCUGUUUGAAUGGCUGUUCUGGAUGUCACAUUAAA